UAAAAUCAAUAAUACUCCCAAAUUUUUUGAAAGAGUCCAGAGUCCACCCUAUAUAUAUGUCAUCUCUUUCGCAUUUCAAGAACAAUCAAACAAACAAGUCUCCAGUUUCAUCGAUCAGUCGUUCCUAACAACAAAAAUGGCAUCAAACCUUAAAAUCUUCACAUCACUUGCAAUUGUAUGCGCCAUUCUGACCGUAUCCAUGGCCGGAGAUCCCGACAUUCUCACAGACUUCAUCGUGCCACCUAACGUAGGCGGCCCACUUGACGGAAACUUCUUCACCUUCACCGGAAUGCGGUCACUCGUCGGAGCUCCAUUUCCGGCGACUUUCAAGGUCUCAAAAGCAAGCAUGGCUGAAUUCCCGGCUCUUAAUGGCCAAAGUGUUUCUUAUGCAGUUCUUCAAUUUCCAUCCGGGUCAGUCAACCCGCCCCACACCCAUCCACGGGCCUCCGAGCUCUUGUUUGUUCUCAUGGGUUCUUUGCAGGUAGGGUUUGUUGACACCACCAAUAAGCUGUUUACACAGACACUACAACAAGGCGACAUCUUUGUCUUCCCCAAGGGACUUGUUCACUUCCAGUUUAACAGUGAUGCAAAGAAUCCCGCUUUAGCUGUGUCUGGAUUUGGGAGUGCGAAUGCGGGGACUGUUUCGGUUCCUAAUUCUGUUUUUAAUACCACCAUUGAUAACCAGAUUUUGGCAUUGUCGUUCAAGACUGAUGUGGCUACCAUUCAGAAGAUUAAAUCCGGGUUUUCUGGCUAAUUCUUAGGCUUGACAGUUGAAAUUUGAAUUUAUUAUAUA